AUGCGCCUUACUCCCUCCCUCUACCAAUCCAUCCGCAUCACCCUCUUCACCCGCGCAAACUGCGGCCUCUGCGUCACGGCCAAAUCCGUCCUGUCCAAGCUCCAGACCUCCCGGCCCUUUACCCUCCGAGAGGUAGACAUUAUCAAGCCCGAGGCGAAGCCAUGGAGGGAUCUCUAUGAUUUUGAUGUCCCCGUUAUCCAUAUCAGCAAGAGCUCUGCGCCGGAAGAGGACCCGAAGCUCUCUGGGGAGGCAGCAAAGCUUAUGCAUCGGUUCACCGAGGAGGAGGUCGCUGCUAAGAUGAAGGCUGUUGAGGAGGCGAGCUGA